AUGACGCCGCCGCCUCAGCUCCUCCUGGCCUGCCUCCUCACCCUCCUCCUCGCCACCGCGGUGGCGCCGCCCGCCGGCGCCUACUGCGUUUCGAAGAAGUCCGGGGCGCACAGCAAGCCAGGGUCGCCGGCCAAGCCGGCGCCGGCGAAGCCCGCGCCGGCGCCGCCGAAGCCGGUCCCGCUCAUCCCCAGCGCCGACAUCGUCCGGAGCCUGUGCCUGAAGACGGACUACCCGGACCUGUGCACGUCGUCGAUCUCGAAGCAGCUGCAGCCGCAGCUCCCCGGCGGGAAGCGGCUGGAGGCCCCCGACGUGCUGCGGCUGGCGAUGGCCGCCGUGCGCGCCAAGGCCGGCGAGGCCAAGGCGGCCGCGGCGGCGCUGGCCAACGACCCCAAGACGCAGCCCCUGGCGCGGGGCCCGCUGCACGACUGCGUGGAGUCGUUCGACGACAUCGCCUACAGCCUGGACGAGGCCGAGAAGGCCCUCGCCGGCGGCGACCGGGACACCACGGGGACCAUGCUCGACACCGUGCGCACCGACGUGGACACCUGCGACCAGGGAUUCGAGGAGCGCGAGGAGCUCACGCCGGUCAUGGCCAAGCAGGACGCCGAGCUCGCCAAGCUCGCCAGCAACUGCCUCGCCAUCGCCGCCGCCGCCGGCCUGCGCUAG